AUGGAAGCAUGCGACACCUAUAGAAGAGAUUUCUUCCGCCUUGGUUUCGCAUGGCCGCAACGAAACACUUCAGGUGUCAUCGUUGGGUGGCAAAGUGCAAGAGCAGGGAUACGAAACGGGGGGGAGGUUGAAGUUAAAACAAAGCGUUUGUGGGGUUGCACCUCUCCACGUGUCGUGAGGACGUUCAAAGCAGAAUAA